UUUUUUUUUUUCCUCUCUUCAGGACCCUCCCUUCCUCUUUCCCUAGUCCUUCACCAUAACACUACUUCUUUUCCUUUAUACCCUCUUGAAUCAUUUCCUUGUAGAAUAAAUAGCACAGCAGCAAGCUCUACCAGGUUUCAUUACCACUUCUUGUCAUUUACACUUUUUAGCCAUGACCUCCAUCUAUAACUUCAAGAAGAUCACACCUGUGCCCACAGGGACUGAUUUCUUGGACAUUGUCCUGUCCAAGACUCAGCGCAAGACACCCACGGUUAUCCAUGCCAACUUUGCUAUCAGCCGUAUCCGUAACUUUUAUAUGCGCAAGGUUAAGUUCACUCAGGAAAACUUUGAUGAACGAUUGAAGGGCAUUCUUGAUGAAUUCCCCAAGCUGGAUGACAUUCAUCCUUUUUACUCCGACUUGAUGAACGUCCUUUACGACAAGGACCAUUACAAGCUUGCAUUGGGUCAGAUGAACACUGCUCGCCAUUUAAUUGACCAGGUCGGCAAAGAUUAUGUGCGUUUGCUCAAGUUUGGUGACUCGCUCUACCGUUGCAAGCAACUUAAAAAGGCUGCUAUGGGAAGGAUGGCGACCAUCAUGCGUCGUCAAAAGGAUUCGCUUGCAUAUUUGGAACAGGUCCGUCAACAUUUGGCCCGUCUUCCCUCGAUCGACCCUAACACCCGUACAUUACUUGUUUGUGGUUAUCCCAACGUUGGAAAAUCGUCCUUCAUGAACAAGAUUACUCGUGCAGACGUGGAUGUUCAGCCUUAUGCCUUCACUACCAAGUCGCUCUUUGUCGGUCACAUGGACUACAAAUACUUGCGUUGGCAGGUCAUCGAUACCCCCGGUAUCUUGGACCAUCCCCUUGAGAACCGUAACACUAUUGAGAUGCAGUCCAUCACCGCCCUUGCCCAUCUGCGUUGUGCCGUCCUCUAUUUUAUCGAUCUCUCGGAGCGCUGUGGUUACAGUAUCAAGGAGCAGGUUUCUCUUUUCCAUAGUAUUAAGCCAUUGUUCGCCAAUAAGCCCGUAUUGCUCAUCGUCAAUAAGAUUGAUGCCAUGAAGAUAGAGGAUAUUAGCGCAGAGGAUCGUGCAUUGCUGGAUCAGAUUGUUGACAAUGACAAGGUCGAGAUGUUAGGCAUGUCGUGCUAUACUGAAGAGGGUGUGAUGAAUGUCAAGCAGACUGCUUGCGACCGUCUCUUGCAGCACCGUGUGGAUGCCAAGAUGAAGGGCCACAAGAUCAACGAUAUCCUCAAUAAGAUUCAUCUCACCAAGCCUGUGGCCCGUGACGACAACCCUCGUCUGCCCUUUAUUCCCGAAUCCGCCCAGAACAAGCCCAAGUAUGAUCCCAAGGAUCCCAAUCGUGCCACGCUUGAACGUGAUCUCGAAGCACAGAAUGGAGGCGCUGGUGUUUUCAAUGUUGAUCUUAAGAAGAACUAUCUAUUGGAAAACCCAGACUGGAAGUAUGAUGUCAUUCCUGAGAUCUGGCAAGGCAAGAAUGUGGCCGAUUUCAUCGAUUCAGAUAUUCAAGAACAGCUUGAUGAAUUGGAGCGCGAAGAAGAGAGGCUUCAAGCAGAAGGGUACUAUGAAUCGGAGGAAGAGGAACAGAAUUCAGAGGAUGAAGCUUUGGAGGCGACUGCAAAUGCCAUCACAGAACACAACCGUCUCACACAUAUCCAAGCACGUCUUAAGACUACAAAGAACAGACCCAUGUUGCCUAAGACGGCAAUUAAACGUACAGUGUCAGAAAUGUCUGACCAUUUGGAAAAUAUGGGAUUGGAUGCAACAGAGGCUCGUGCACGCAGUCGUGCUGUCAAGCGGGCUAGAUCCUCCAGCCGUGGUGAGAGUAUUGCCCGUAGUGCUUCGAUGGCCAGACCUGAGACGAGCAUGGUUCGUGACAGAACCAUGUCGGGAGUCCGCAAUGUCAAACAGAAGAUGGAAUCUGAAAAAGUUCGCAAGUUGGCUCAACGCACACCCAAUUUGUUUGCUAAGCGUGGUGAGUCUGACAGAGCUGUUCAAACCAAGAUGCCCAAGCAUUUGUUCUCAAACAAGCGUGGCAAUGGCAAGACCGACUGGCGGUAAAAGAGGACAAAAGCAGCAGGCUUCGUCUUUUUUUUACUAUUUGUGCAUCAUCAUUUUGCAUUGUUUCUCCCAUACUGUUAGAUUUGUUCACUUUGUUCUCAGCACUUUUGAUUUGCCCCACUACAACUAUUUUAUCUUUCUAUAAGUUACUUUAUGCAGCAUGUCCUAUUCUAUCAUUGUUAAAAGAAAAAAAAACCCAUUCCAAGCAUUAAAAUUAAGCUUUCACUCAUGUAAAUAC